GUCAACACAGAGGUUUGCAGGCAGUUUGGUAUCACUCGUUCUCUUACAAGUGCUUAUCAUCCUCAAACCAAUGGUCUUGAUGAGCGGACCAACCAGACACUCAAAGUGCCACUGGCAAAAUUAGUCAAUGAGCAUCAAAACAACUGGGAUGACUUUUUGGAAGAAGUCGCAUUUUCAAUUCGGACACAGAAACAAGGUUCGACAAAGUUCAGUCCAUUCUUCCUCAUGUUCGGUCGGCAUCCCAGGAUACCAAUAGAGGUACUGUAACUAUUUGAACCCAUAAAAUGUUGUAAUAUGGACAAGCUACCCUUGAGACCAACAUCCCUGAUUGCAGUCUUAGUUUUCAUCUGCCCUCAGUCACAUUUGCAUUCAAGCUUUAUGUUGCACCACAAAACAUUAUAUAAACCUUUAUGAGUGUUUAAAACAAUGACUAAUUAUAGAUGGAAAAUGUGGCAAAGAGGAUGGGAUUUUUGAGUUGGAAACUCCCUCGUCUGAAAUCUUGGAAGAGAUGACAUAUGACCGAUCAGAAAUGAUGAACUGUGUUGACCAACAGGUGUGUAUUAUUAUUGUUCCUGAUGUUUGUCUUUUAUGUAUAUCGUAACAGCACAAUGUUUUGAUAUGGUGUAGGUUUCUUAACAUACAGUACCCAAGAUAUCAAUGAGUAAAAACAAUAUUUGAUUAAAAUUAAGUUGUAACUAUUAUGAGCUAACUUUCAGAAAACAAUGCAAAACUCUUCUCCUUGUUUACAACCUAGUCCAACAUCAACAAUGAGCAACUUGGUGUCUUCUUGAGUCUGAAAUAUUUAUAAAUAAAUAAUAAAACAAUCAUUGAAUUCGGUUCUCACAGUGGGCCUUCUCGCAGUGGUUCUGAGGCUUCGGAAGAUAACACAAACCCUUCAAACCUCAGCCUUAAUAAUUCCUCAUAUCUUACUCGACCUCAUUCAAUGAUUGUUUAUUACUGUAUUUUACUGUCUGACACCAGACAAUUUACUUGUCAAGGGGAGAGUCGUGUGCUUCAAUGGGUUAAAUUGAUUUAAAUUUUACAUGUUCAAGCCAACAUUGAAAAACCCCAAGCAAAACAGAAAAAAGAUUUUGCCAAGAGAAAAAACAAAGGGGUCAAGGUUUUCCAGCUUUCAGUUGGUGACCUGUUCUCCGCAAAGUUAUGAAGAACAUAAGCCGCAAAGGUGGAAAGUUAGAUGCUUUGUGGACUGGCCCAUACAGAUAUGACAAAAAAUAUCAUGACUAUUUUAUAAGAGUGAAAUUUUUCUCAUGACAAGAACCACUUGGACAUCAAAGCCUGAAUUAACAGUUGGACAUUGGAAUCUUCCGACCAAAUCACAGUUUUUCCAACCGAAUGCCAAAUUGGUCGGAUAUUGUUCCUGGAGCCUGAAAAUCAACCUUCUUGAAAGACUGGGUUAACUAUAAGCUGCCAGUGCCUGCAAUCAUCCAAAGAACAUUAGAUGUAAAUGAUUUCACUAUAGAUAAUAAGUAUUACUUGUUUUUCUCCAGGAUUGUUGAGAUUGAUCACCAUCAACGUGUCUCGUUGGCAAAGCUAAAUGGGGAUGUGCUGAAUGUCAAAGUGCCUUAUGAGCAAAUUAAACCUCAUACUGCUAGUGUCUUGCACAAGCCAAAAUCAUCUCCAGCUGUUCCGCAAGAACCAAGGUUUGAAGAAAUCAAGGCAAAAGAAGUGGAAGAAGAGCCAUGCCAAUCCACUGGCCAAACUGACACAAAUUAG